CCAUUAAAUUGUGGAUUCGGGUUUCACUGACGCUUGUUUGCGAAUUGCGAAGCCCUUCUCUUCUCUCUCCCUCUCUCUCUCGAUCUCUCGACCGCCGCCAUGGCUACGACGUCGAAGCUCGAGAAGAAGAAGACGAAGAAGAAGAUGGAGGGGGAGGAGGAGCCCCACGAGUUUCGUGGCUACGGCGAUGGCGAUCGCGUUGAACCGGGUGGCGCUCGUAAGAAGUCAAAGAAGCGGAAGCUCCAAUCCAUGGAGGUACCGGAGGUUUCUAGGGUUAAGGACGAGAAGAAGAAGAAGAAGAAGAAGAAGGAUGAGAACAGAGAAGAAGAUGCUGUUGAGGAGGGAGAGGAGAGGAGGGGGGUGAUCACGGACGAGAGGUUCGCGGCGGCGCAAUACGACCCGAGGUUUCGGCGGAUGCCGCGGAAGGAGGCGAAGGUCACGAUCGACUCGCGCUUCGCCCGCAUGUUCACCGACAAGGACUUCGCAGCUUCGGCGGCGCCCGUCGACAAGCGGGGGCGGCCGAGGAAGGAGGGCGCGGUGAAUCCGAUGCUACAUUACUACCUUCAACAGGAUGGUGAGGAAGAAGAAGGUAGGUUGAAGCUUGAGGAGGAGGAGGAGGUUAAGGAGGGAUCGGAUGAAUCGGAGAGUGAUGAGACUACUACUACGACUACAGAUGAAGAAGAAGAUGACGAUGAUCAGUACUCUGUUAAUAGCGAUCUAUGUCGGUAUCUGAUGGCUAAUCACGAUGACACGCCGAUGAUCAAGAAUGAAACUCACCGGCUCGCAGUUGUUAAUUUGGAUUGGGAUCAUAUCAAGGCUGUUGAUCUGUAUGUGGUGAUGACUUCAUGUCUCCCAAAAGGCGGGCAAAUCCAUUCGGUGGCUGUCUAUCCAUCCGAAUUCGGACUCAAAUGCAUGGAAAUCGAAGCAAUUCAUGGACCAUCUGGUCUUUUUGAAGACAAUGAUGAUAAUAGCGAAGAUGACUCUGAUGUUGACGAUAACAAGUUACGCCCUUAUGAGCUCAACAAACUAAGGUAUUACAAUGCAGUUGUCGUAUGUGAUUCAAGUGCCACUGCAAAUCACUUGUAUAAGACUCUUGAUGGUACCGAGUUUUUGAAAACUUCUAAUGUGUUCGAUUUGCUCAUUCCCGAUUCCGUGGAGUUCAAACAUCCGCCUCGUGAUAUUGCAACCGAGGCACCAGUGAACUACAAAGAACCAGAUUUCCAGACUCGUGCUUUGCAGCAUAGUAGAGUUAAGCUAACCUGGGAAGAUGAUGAACCAGAACGCAAUUAGAUUUUGAGACGCAAGUUCAAUCCAAAUCAGCUCGAUGAGUUCAAUGAAUACUUAGAUUCCACCGAUGAGAGUGAUGAAGACGAUGAUGAGUACAAUAACCAAAAUGGUGUUCGCAAUGACGAUGAAGCUGAGGCCAUGCCCAACGGUGAAACCAAGAAGCGCUUAGGAAGAGAGAAACUAUUAGCUCUUCUACAAGCUGGAGAUGAUUCGGACUCUGAUAAAAGCAAUGACAAAGACCUGGAGAUCACUUUCAAUACAGAGCUCGAGGAUCUAAGCAAGCGCAUCCUCAAGAAAAAGACAAAAACGGAGACUGUUUGGGAGGCAGUCCUUAGAAAGAGGAGCGAGAAAAAGAAAGCUAGAAAGGAUCAGUCAAAGCACUUAGAUGAUGAAAACAGUGAUUCUGAUAAGGAAGAAGCAUCUCAACAAGAUGAUGAUGAUUUCUUUGUUGAAGAGCCUUUAGAUAGUGAAAGUAGCAAGCAAAAGAAGGGUCUGAAGGGUAAAAAGGGCCAAAAAGGCAGUAGAAAAGAUAGAGACGAAUCUCCUGAGAGAGAGAAGGAGAGAGAAGCGAGUAGGGCAGAAUUGGAACUGCUAUUUGCUGAUGAUCAGGAUGUGGAUCAGGGUCCCAAGGGCUUUAAUUUGAAGCCCAAGAAGGUGAAGAGCAAGAAGGGGAAGGAGAAGUCUUCAGAGGACAAGCUUCCGAAUGUAGAUCUUAGUAAUGAUCCGAGGUUCGUUGAACUCUUUUCGUCUCAUCUCUUUGCUUUGGACCCAACGGAUCCAGAGUAUAAAAGGAGUGCUAAAAGUUUGUUAUAUGUGGAUUAAACACGAGUGCGGCGUAUAUUCGAAAGCGAGCAAAAAAGCAGGGAAAGGAUUCUCAAGAAGAAGAGAUACCGGAAGAUAAUUUGCGCAAGCCAUCGAAACAAGAUAUACCGCCACCUGAAGAGGGACUACCAAAUGUAGACACAGUUCCGCAACCUAGCAGGGUGUCAUUAGAGAAGAAUGAGCUAUCAAGUUGGGAAGCUGUUCAGUGCGAACCGUGUCGAUCCUAUCAAGUUAGUGCGAACCGUGUCGAUCCUAUCGAGUUCCGCAACCUAGCUCCAACUGCCUUUGGGGACUGGAGCAGCCUGUUCAGUGCGAACAGUGUCGAUCCUAUCAAGUUAGUGCAUGCCACAAGUCCUUUCCAACUGGAUGAAAUAAAACAGGCAGUUUUUCAAUUAGGGGGCGAUAAGGCCCCGGGUCCCGACGGCUUUCCACUAAUAUUCUACCAAACAUUCUGGGACAUUAUUAAAGGGGAUAUCUUGAAUUUAUUCCAGGAGAUGGAGGUUGGGAAGCUGUCUACCAGCCCUAUUGACUAUGCGUUCAUUUGUCUAAUCCCAAAAAAGGACGGUCGUAAGCGGGCAGAAGACUUCCGACCAAUUAGUCUCCUGAACGGAAUACAGAAGAUUUGUCUCAAAGGUUUUAGCUAAUAGGUUGGAGUGUAUUAUGAGUGAUCUGAUAUCCCCCUUCUAAUCGGCUUUUCUUAAGGGGAGGAAUAUUACUGAUGCUUAUGCAGCGGUACGCGAACUGAUUGGUUGGGGAGAUAGGCAAUCUGUAGAGGGAGUUGGGGUUAAGGUGGACUUUGAAAAGGCCUACGAUCGAAUCUAUUGGCCUUUUCUCUUCCGUGUUUUAGAGUGGUAGGGCUUCAAUGAUAAGUGGUGCAAUUGGAUCAAGUUAUGCGUCUGUUUUGCCAAAGUGGCUGUACUAUCUAAUGGUGAGGCAACCAGAUGGAUUAAAACAAAGAGGGGGAUAAGACAAGGGGAUCCGCUGUCCUCUUUUCUCUUCCUGUUGGUAGCGGAAUGCCUUGCCCGAUUGACAAAUGAGGCAAUCUCGAACAAUCUCCUAAAAGGCCUUGGCCCUAAUGAGGCAUCUACGAUUUCUCUCAUUCAAUCGCGGAUUGUACUUUCUUCUUCUUGAAGGCCAAAAAGAGACAUGAAAAACUUGAAAUUCU